CGCGGUCACAUGACCAGUCACAAGACUCGGAGGUUUGUAUAAUUGAAUCUGCCAGGGCACCGUCGUAUUGAGAUGAGGCACUGAGCUUGGGAUUACCACAGUAGACUACGACCAUGACAGCAAGUGCCCCCACAUUAGCCCUUAUUCUUGGUGCGUUUUUACUUAUCGGGAAGAGCAGAGGUGACAGUAUCUCAGAUCUGUUGUUGAAAAUCCAGUUUAAAAAUGAAGGCAUUAUCAAGAGUUCGGAUCGUUACGUGUGGAAGAGGCAAGGCUGCGUGUACCUGGAGCAGGAGAAUGUCACCCACAUCAGUGACUCGGCUAUGGGCUGGGACCUCUGGGAUGCAUUUAAUUAUCGCUACCAGCAGCUAGAUAAUGGGACUUUGGUUCCACCCCCCAGUGGUAUACGGAGUGCUGUGCCUCUUGGGGGUGUCAGCACAGGGUCAAUAGAGCUGCGUGGAGAUGGUACUUUACAUGAGUGGGUCAUAAUGAACCAAACGCCAGGGGGAGCUGCAAAAAUACAGGUAUUUGAAGAAGCAGUGUUUGGUAUGAGAACUUCAGUGAGUUCAGUUUCAAAGAAGCAAUCAAACCAACAAAAACAAGUUGCCAGUCAGAAGUCUGAUGAAUUUUACCUCAACGUGCAUAUACCCAGAUCUGAAAAUGAAGUGAUCAAAAUGACCAAGGAAAUUGAUGAAGAAAUCGAAGAAAUGAGGGUCCAAAUAGGUGGUGACAGAUUAAAACGUCAUUUGAAAAAGCUUCCUAAGGAAAAAUCAAAUGGAGCCCAAGCAUUUGUACUUCAAACUCAUCCACCCACAGGUUUGCCAGGUGUUCAGGCUAUGAAGUACCAAGGCUCUCACCCAGUGUCCAGACUAGAGGUGCAAGACUCGUGUGUACCUGUUGAGGCUGCCUUGUAUGGUUACUCUACAUAUUAUGUGAACAACCUCAAUAAGUCAGCUACACCAGCCAUAGCCUUUACAUUGGUCAUGAAGAAUCCUUCUAAAACAAACAAAGUUGAUGCAGCUUUCAUGCUCAACCUUCCUUUAGGAAUAGAAAAGAUGCAGGACAGGUCAUACGUUGAAGGGACUCUAGAAUCAGAAGAAGCUUUGACUGUCACUAAUGAUUUACAGUGCAUGAAGCUUUGCAGUAGUGUUAAGGAAUGUGGAACAUGGACAUUUCAAGAAGACACCAAGUCUUGUGUACUCUACACCAGUGUAAACUUGAAUAGGUUUAAUCCCCAGAGGUCAUCAGGUGUCAAAGGCUUUUGGCAAGUCCAUGAAACAGGAGGCAAUUUAAAUUGUAUCUCUCUGGUUCGUGAAUGCAAUGUGGCCCCUUGUGGAAACCUUUCAAUUUGUGCAUCCAGCUUAAACAAUCAGGGUGUGGCAACCUCCUUUGGAUCAGCAGAUGAUGUGAUGGAUCUUUGGAAUGACUUUGCAGCUAAUGGAAAAUUCACCAAGACUGCAGUCACACCAGAAUCCGGGGCACUUCCCAAUAUGCAUGGAGCAAUGGCAUUAUCUACAACAUUGCAGCCAGGGAAGGAAAAGUCUGUGACAUUGAUUUUAUCUUGGUAUUAUCCUAACCGCGAUUUCAAGCGCAGGAUUUAUGGUAACUUUUACAAGCACCUGUUUGCUGACUCCAUUGAUGUGGCACAGCAGAUGGCAGUGGCCUUACCUCAUACUAUUGGCAACAUCACCCUGAUGCAAAAUUCUUUAUUCAACUCAUCUCUACCUGAAUUUCUUCAAGAUAUCUAUGUCAACAGUUUGGGACAUAUAAGGUCUGCAUUCUGGCUUGCUGAUGGCAGGUGGAGGCAGUGGGAAGCUUAUGACUGUCCUGAUACAGACUCUGUUCAUAAUGAUGGUGAAAGACACAUUCCAUACAUAACAUUCUUCCCAGAGAGUACCAAGAAUAAGAUGUUGGCUUGGGCAAAGUCUCAGAAUGCAGCUGGAAUGAUAGCUGAGGAGCUCCGUGUCAGUGUUCUUGUCCCUGGCGAUGAGAUAGAUGUCCCUGGAGGCAGGGUCAUGUCAGACUGUUCAUCUAUGUUUGCUGUGUAUGCUUUAGAAUUAUAUAGGUGGAAAGGUGAGGUUGAGUUUGUCAAAUCCCUAUGGCCGAAUAUCAAGAAGGCUGUUCAGUGGCACAUAGAUCAGGCAAAGGAAUAUGGUCAACCCAGGAAGCUGGAGACCACAUACGACUAUGUUGUUUUAACUAUCUAUGACUUCUCUGCAUAUACAUCUGGUUUCCAUUUGUUAGCAUUGAGAGCUGGCUACGAGUUAGCUUUAGCUUUUGGUGACACGGACUUUGCAAAUACCUGUCAGUCUGCCUAUCGUCGUGGAGUGGAGGCCAUAGAUAAGUACCAGUGGAAUGCCACUCACGAGUACUACAAUGCCUACACUACUCUGAACAAAGUAGACAGUAUCGACUUCCGUCUUGAUUCUAAGAAUUUCAGAUCCACUUUGGGAAAAAUGAUUGAAGCACAGGGACUAGUAGGUGUAACAGAAAACCUUCCUGCCACACCUGGUGCAGUUAUGGCAGAUUCAUUUUAUGCACAGGUUGUUGCAUUCUCUGUAGGACUUGGUCCUCUUGUUGAUCCCAGUCGUUUAAUUAAACAUCUGAAAGCAGAGUAUGAACACAACGAGACACCAUAUGGCAUGCUGGUUAUGACUGGCCGUUACCCCUACCCUGGACCUGCAGUAAAACCCUUCAGAGAUAACUGUAUUUGGCAGAUGGCUAACCCUAACUGGGGGACUCUUAACAUCCACUUGGAGCAGAAUGUCACCAAUGCCAUCAAUGUGGCUAAGGUGACUUUAGAUAGGUGGCGCUCCAUCGAAAACGACCAGUGGAAUGCAGCAGGAAUCACAGGAGGAGUGGGUUAUGGACUGGAGGGUCAGAGCUUCAUGACCAGUCACUAUGGUUACUAUAUGUCAUCAUGGUAUAUGAUAUUUGCUCUGACUGGCCAGUGGGCAAGUAUCCCUGAUGGUAUAUUAAAGUUCAACCCCAAGGUUGCCCCACCAUACAGAUAUCCUGUCUUGUUGCCUGGGGUUGUAGGUUCUUUGGAAGCAGAAAAUCUCCUUGCAGGUAAAAUCCAAUAUUCACUGGAACUGCAUUUUGGUCAGUUGGAGUUGAAUACUUUGUCUGUUAAUGGAGUGGUCUAUCCAAGCUCCAACGCCCUUCUCAGAGCUGGGGACAAAGUUACUUGGUCUUCAAAUUAGAAACUUAUGUUCAUAUCUGAAUUUAUUCUAAUUUUUUCUUUCACAGAGUACCAAUUACCCUUUGUUUGAAAUACUCACUUUUAACCUGCAUUAGGAUAACAUAGGAAAAAAGGGAUUACAUUUUCUCAAGUUAACAAAUUUGUUGUACUUUAUUUCUGUGAAAUCCAUUUUUUUGUAAAUCCUUAUUAUAAUGGCUUUUUGUCAAGGUGUAGGAGUAAAUUGAGGUAUAUUUAAGCAUAAUCUGUGCACAAUGCUCUAAAGUCAUUGACUGUGAUUCUAAAUUGACAUUUAGUCUUUAUUUUUGAAUUAUACUCAAGAUACAUAAUAUUUUCUUAAGUUCAUUUAAAGGGUAUAUAUUUCUCAAAUAUCUAUCAAGUUCAAAGUUGAUAUCUUAAAAUGGUAAGAACAUUAAAUGUCAAUCAGCAUCAUUAACUGGUUUCACAAGUUGGUUGCAGUCUGAAUAUUCCAUGAAAAAGGUCGAACUGGUUAAAAACUGGCACAAUAUACCACAUAGCUGUGAUGGGAGUUGGUUUAAAACUUAGACUGAAUAUAUGUAACAUUAACCCAAGCCAUGUAAAUGUCCUGUUACCAUUUAUGUAGUUCAAAAAAGACAGCUUGUUGCAAUAUUUAAGCUGCUGUUUCUGUGCCGUACACUCUUCUUAUAGUAUUUCAUUUCAUCUAAGCAAAAAUAAAUUACCAUUCAUGCCAAUAUGUUAACAACUUUUGUUUAGCUUUAAACAUUCCAUUUUAUUUUGGAGACUAUGCAUAUAUGUAUAGUUACAUGAAACUUGUUUGUAGUUGACAUGUUGAAUAAUGUUACAGUGUACUUUUACUCUAAAAGAGCAUUUCUAACUAUUUACCAAAUCAGUGUGGAUUGAUGUUGAUGUUGUCAUUUUGUUUAGUGAAAUAUAUAAAGCAUUUGGUGAAAAUUUCAGAAGAAAUCAUGAGCAUAGAUAUAAAGUGUUCAGAAAAAAGUUGGCAUUUAUAAUUUUUCGCUUUAAAAUACUAAAAUCCAGGUUGAUUUUACAUUUAUUUGUUGCUUGCACAUUUAUACUUCUUUGUAUUCUUUGGUAUUUCAGGUGAAGGAGAAGAGAUUUGUUUUUGAUAAUCAACUUUCACAAUCUUAUUUUUGCCAUUAUUGUAUGUAUACAGAUAUGAUAGCCAGAUCUUUUUGAAAAAUCUAAUCUACAUCUUUUUGCAUCUAAAUACAUUUUUCAUCAAAGGAAUUCCUACCUUUUUUGGAAGAAAAACCUGCCAAGUUAACCAAAUGUAUACCUUGAACAUGCAAAGUACUUUUUGUGUAGUAACAAAUUAUUCCAUAAGAAAUAGAAAUAUGGUGUAUAUCAGUGUUUCAAAAAGAUUAUUUUUCUUUUUGACAUUGUAACUUUCACUUCAGUGCAUUAAUAAAAAAUACAGUGAACCCAG